GCGAGCGAGGAUGCGUGCACGCGGUCACCGCCGGCGGUGAGGAUGUACGCGGCAGGCAUGACGGAGUGCAAGGCGGAGGUGACGCCCUCCACCCGCAACGGCCACCGGGUCUUCAGCUACACGCUGGAGAGCCACACGGCGGCCGCCUUCGCCAUCAUGAACGAGCUGCGGCUGGAGCGGCAGCUGUGCGACGUCACGCUCCGCGUCAAGUACAACGACCUGGACGCCGUGGACUUCGUGGCCCACAAGGUGGUGCUGGCCUCCUCGUCGCCCGUCUUCCGCGCCAUGUUCACCAACGGCCUGAAGGAGUGCGGCAUGGAGGUGGUCCCCAUAGAAGGGAUACACCCGAGGGUGAUGGAACGCCUGAUUGAGUUCGCCUACACGGCCAGCAUCACGGUCGGGGAGAAGUGCGUGAUCCACGUGAUGAACGGGGCGGUGAUGUACCAGAUCGACAGCGUGGUAAAGGCCUGCUGCGACUUCCUGGUCCAGCAGCUGGACCCCAGCAACGCCAUCGGCAUCGCCAGCUUCGCCGAGCAGAUCGGCUGCACCGAGCUGCACCAGAAGGCCCGCGAGUACAUCUACAUGAACUUCAGCCAGGUGGCCACCCAGGAAGAGUUCUUCAACCUGUCGCACUGCCAGCUGGUGACGCUGAUCAGCCGGGACGAGCUGAAUGUGCGCUGCGAGUCGGAGGUGUUCCACGCCUGCGUGGCGUGGGUGCAGUACGACCGCGAGAACCGCCGGCCCUACGUGCAGGCCCUGCUGCAGGCGGUGCGCUGCCACUCUCUCACGCCGCACUUCCUGCAGUUGCAGCUGCAGAGGUGCGAGGUGCUCAAGUGGGACGCCCAGUGCAAGGACUACCUCUCCCAGAUCUUCCAGGACCUCACCCUGCACAAGCCCACCAAGGUCAUGUCCUGCCGGACCCCCAAGGUGCCUCAGCUCAUCUACACGGCUGGCGGCUACUACCGCCAGUCGCUCAGCUACCUGGAGGCCUACAAUCCCUGCACGGGCGCCUGGCUGAGGCUGGCCGACCUGCAGGUCCCACGCAGCGGCCUGGCGGCUUGCGUCAUCAGCGGGCUCUUCUACGCGGUGGGGGGCCGCAACAACGCCCCCGACGGCAACAUGGACUCCAACACCCUGGACUGCUACAACCCCAUGAACAACCGCUGGUCGCCCUGCGCCCCCAUGAGCGUGCCCAGGAACCGCAUCGGCGUGGGUGUCAUCGACGGCAUGAUCUACGCCGUGGGAGGGUCGCACGGCUGCAUCCACCACAACAGCGUGGAGAGGUAUGACCCAGAGAGGGACUCGUGGCAGCUGGUGGCGCCCAUGCUGACGCGGCGCAUCGGGGUGGGCGUGGCCGUCAUCAACCGGCUGCUGUACGCGGUGGGGGGGUUUGACGGCACGCACCGGCUCAGCUCCUCCGAGUGUUACAACCCGGAGAGGGACGAGUGGCGGGGCACGGCCCCCAUGAACACGGUGCGCAGCGGGGCAGGUGUGUGCGCCCUGGGAAACGGGAUCUAUGUCAUGGGGGGCUACGACGGCACCAACCAGCUGAACACGGUGGAGCGGUACGACAUCGAGACGGACAGCUGGAGCUUUGUGGCGUCCAUGAAGCACCGGCGCAGCGCGCUGGGUGUCACCACGCACCACGGCCGCAUCUACGUGCUGGGUGGGUAUGACGGGAACACCUUUCUGGACAGCGUGGAGUGCUACGACCCGGAAACGGACACCUGGACGGAGGUCACCAAGAUGACGUCAGGGAGGAGUGGUGUGGGCGUGGCCGUCACUAUGGAGCCCUGCCGAAAGGAGCUGUCUCAGUGUCAAAAGUGCUAGGGUCCUGUCGAGAAACCUCACUCUCCUCUACACACAAACACGUGUAUACGCACCUGCACAGCCUACAGGCAGGAUCUGGUGUUCAGCACUGCAGCUCCUGGCUCUGGGUGGUGGGGGGGACAUGUCCUCAUGAGCUCCAGGUGCCUCUCAUUCAGCCAUUAUCGUUCACUGAAAUGAGCCGAAAUGAGAAAAGAACUCUUUUUUUUUUUUUUUUUUUUUUGGCAGGGGGGGACUGCAGAGUUUCUGGGUUUUAUUUUUUUGUCUCAGGUCUUGCUUACACAAGGUAACUAUUUGAAAAAUCGUCCCAGUUGUUAAUUUAACAUCACUGACAUCACUGGUCAGCUGUCAGUAGCUCAUAGUGAUGUAACAGACCUACAUGACCUGAUGGCCUUCACGGACCGAUAUUUUUUCUAGCCUGAUUGAAAAAAGUGUAGAAGAGGUGAAGGCUUAUGAAUGACCAGGCCCUCAUAGAGAGUUCACGGAGGACAUUGUUAUAUUUUAAGGUUCGGCCAGCACAGAGACAGACCAUGGAGAAUAAAAGGGGAUAUGCGUAUUCAAAAAGGGGAAACGUGGCGUGUCUUGGGCAGUGUGAAGAACUGGAAGAGACAGAGACUUCUUUGAACGCAAAGUGCCAUUGUCUUGCCUGACCACUCAGUCAGUAUAUCCACACAAACGCACACACACACAUGCACACUCUGUAGGUGUGGAGAUGGGGGAGAGGUGCCGCUCUAUGCAAGUGAGACACAGAGCUUGCCAAUGGUGGUAAGGGUCGCCUGAGGACAUUGCGUCUCACCGCCAGUGCAGGAGGGGGAGGGCUUCGCUACAAGCCUGCUAAAUCUGCUUCAUUUCUGAGAGCUCUCGCGAAGGGAACAGUGCUGACGAGCUUCGCAACUAAAGAGGAUGGUGAUGAAUGUAAAAACACUAAAAUGUCCCUGCAAUUGAAGUUUGAUUCCCCCACCCCCAAUCCCCCCCCCCACCAGAUUCAUACCACUUCU